AUGUCACGCGCUACCUACACAACCGGGUCUGAUUCGAACAAAGCGCACGGGGACUCCAUUCUACCAUCACACGCAUGCACGACGCACCGUGGCUCCAGGGAGGGAAAGAGAAGCAUAGAGCGUCUGGUCUAUUGCGCGUUUGGUCGCGCGCUGUCCCUGUCCUGUCCUACGUCUCCUGUCCCGGUACCUCUACUUUCAUGUCGCACGGAGAUUUUGCGGACGCGGCUUGGACACGCUCAUGAGCGCGCGGGAGUGCGGCUGGAGCGGAGGACGGCGCCGUGGGAGCAACCGGAGGACCGCAGGGUGUUCGCAGGACGGGGAGUUCGCGGAUCGUCGGAUUGGACUCGUGGACAAGAUCCCGCUGGUGAAACCGUACUUCAAGAAGAAGCACGCGCCGAGAAAGUUGGACCCCAAGUGCCUGCGGGCGCUCGAGGGCCCGAUCCUGAGCACGAUCCUGGGCGCGGAGGACCUGGCAGCGGGCGACGGGGUGUUCGUGCCGCCGGCGUCCGCGCGGCCGGUUCUGAUGUGCGCGGCGGCCGCGGCAGAGGAGGCGCGCGCUGGCGCGACGGCGGACGAGCAGCAAAGGCGUCGGUCGCGACGAGGGACCCAGGCGAGGAGGAGGCGUCGCCGGCGACGCCACCACUCCCGGCCCCGGCGCGCACGGCCGCCCUCGAGGACGGAGACAAGGCGCCGUGCGGCACCGGGGUGUCCGUCGUAGGCGGCGUCGGUCACGCGGAGCUUUUCCGUGACAAAAGCGACGAGGCCUCUUUGGAUCUAGUGUUCGAGCUGCUCAUGCAGCUGCAGUAUCACACGCGCCAGGACGACGCUGUGCCCGUGUGCGUGGACUUUUUGCGCGGCGCGUGCCUGAGCGGCAGCGAGUGCGCGCGGCACCACACCGCGCUGCCGUAUCACUGGCAGAUCCGGCGCGCGGAGCGCGUGUGGCAGAGUGUCGCCGAGGACGCGCAGGAACAGCUGGAGAGACUCUACUGCAAUCCGGACAAUGAACAAGUCCGGCUCAAGUUCCUGGGCCGAGUGUUCAUGCUGGACUUCAGUGCCAUGAGGGUGUGUGAUCUGGAAUUUGAUCUGGUCAGACGCUUGUCCACGCCCUCCAGCUUUGGAGCCCCGCCCCCCACCCCCAGCCACUCCUCUGCUACAAACCCCGCCCCCAACUAUCUCACAGUGUGGAAAUAUUACUGCAGAGAUAACUUCGGCUGGAGGGAGUACUCCGAGCCUGUGGUGCGUUUGAUAGAGGAAGCGACUGAGCGGGGGCUGAAGGAGGUGCGCUUCAUCACACUCCAGAACCAGUACAUCCUGAAUAUCCGCGAGGGCUUCCAGCAGAACGCCGUCUUUGGUUUCCGCCGCCAGAUCAAAAAACGUCCCCACUUUAUGUCCUCGAUCAGACUCUCGCCCUACCUGCAGACUCUGGGAGGUUUGUGUGCCCUGGAAGCUGGCGGGCCGCUGCCCCUUUCGCCCAGCCCUGCCACUGGACCGCGGCUUUUCCCCGAGACGUGGCUCCCCAUGAUCCCUGAGCAGGACUUCACCCAGGUGCCGGUGUCACGUGAGGACCGAAGCUACCGCACCGUCUACAACCUCUUCCACAAAACUGUGUCCGAGACCAAAUUCCGCAUCCUGAAGAUCCUCCGCGUCCAGAACCCCUACCUCUGGGAGAAGUACAAGAGGAAGAAGGAGUACAUGUCGCGGCGCAUGUCGGAGUCCGAGCGGCUGCUGAACGAGCGCCACCUGUUCCACGGCACGUCGCAGGACGUAGUAGAAGGCAUCUGCAAGCACAACUUCGACCCUCGCGUGUGCGGGAAACACGCCACCAUGUUCGGCCAGGGGAGUUACUUCGCACGCCGGGCGGCGUAUUCGCACAGCUUCGCGCGCCGCUCGCCGCGCGGCAUCCACUACAUGUUCUUAGCCAAAGUGCUGACCGGGAAGUUCACAGUGGGAAACCCGGGCAUGCGGCGGCCGCCCCCGCUGUGUCCCCGACAACCCGCCGGAGACCUGUUCGACUCGUGCGUGGACAACUGCGUCGACCCGCAGAUCUUCGUCAUCUUCAACGAUGAUCAGAGCUACCCGUAUUUUAUCAUCCAAUACGAGGAGGUGGCCAACACCGUCGCCAUCUGAGCCGACGCCCGAGGAACUCCUUACACGGACGUUACGUUACGAUACGAUAAGGUACGGACCGAACCGGAUCGGAGCGUCGACUCGGGAGCGCGUGCAUGUUUGAGGAACGUACUUCCAGGCUUCCAUCGUGCAGAAUCCAGACGAGUCUGACUCCGCCUCCGCGGUCCGUCACGAGCUACGGACUUUGACGUUUGGACUUGACGCCAUCAUCGAAGCAUUGACUUUUUUUUUUUUCGUUUGUUUUUUAUUUUGUAAAGACUCAAGCCCCUCCCCCCUGCCCAGUCGCUGCCAUCCACCGAUUUCCAUACUCAAUUUGUUGUACAUAAGCUUUCCUUGUUUAUAUUUGAACUGUGUGCCUUUUGUUCAUAAAAAAAUUAUUUAUGUUAAUUAACGUAACGAAUAAAGGUUGAAAAUGAA